AUGCAUGCUGGUAAUUUUUAUUUAGCUUGUUCUGACCUCCUGCAGUUCUUGCACAACAAGCUCCUGAUUGUUUUGAGUGCGCUACCUCAAUUGAUAAAGAUGGGUCUACUUGUAGAACUGAUUCUGUUGGGUAUCAGAUCGGUUUCUCUGCUCCAAAUAUUGAGCUUGAUUUCGCUCAUCCGCUUGUUUCAACUUUGACUAAAGAUAGCAUUAAAGUGACUCGAGAUGAUGGAGCAGCGAUAG